AUGGUCAGUACCAGUGUCCUCAUGGUCAUGAUUGUAAUAUCUGUCGCCGUACGCUUCUGGCAAGAAUACCUCAGUGGAAUAGCUAUGUGUCGUCUUCAAUCGUCCAUCGCCACCAAGAUCCGAGAGAUUGUUCUAGAAAUCUAUUUUGUUCCAGGAGCAAUCGUUCCUGCCGAUUGUCUUAUUCUCGAAUCAUCGUAUCUCAGGACUAGCCAAUCUGCUUGGACUGGUGAAAGCGAGUCUAUUUUCAAGAAAGCAGGUCCACAUGACUCGAAAGAAGUAUUUUAUAUCUUUGACUAUGGAAACGUGGCGCUCACGGGUACUAACGUUGUGCCUGGUCAUGGAGUUGGUCUUGUACUCCGAACGGGCGAUGAUGUCAUGAUUGCGACCAUAAUUAAAGAGAUUGAGAAAAAGCGACAGCCCAAUGCCUUUCAAAAAGGUAUUGUCAAUGUAUCGUGGAUGCUUAUUGGCUGUGUCAAGGUUUUGGUUAUCUCGCACAAGACCACAGUAGACUGGAAGAAUGCAGCGCUGUUCAGCAUUAGUGUCGAUGUCGGUCUUGUUCCCGAAACGCCUCCAGCCAUUAUUAACGCGAACCUCGCUCGAGCCGCUCCCCAGCUUUCCAAAAAGCAGGCUAUCGUAAAGCGUCUUGACUCGGUUCAGAACCUCGGCGCUAUAACUGUUCUGUGCAGCGACAAGGCAAGAACUAUCACAGAGGAUGAACUAUCCGUCCAUAACUAUAUCAACACCGACAGAGAGAAGACUGUCAAAGUAAACGAACUUGUAAAAGUCGACUCUCAAAUUCAAGGCAACAGCGCAAACAAUAUGGAUAAAGCCAUGCUUAACUUUCGCCUACUAGACGGAGCCGACGUCGUAAUAGCUCAUUACGAUAAAGUCCGUGCCAUCCCAUUCGACUUCGAGCGUCGUCGAUCAGGGUGCGUUAUUCGUGGUAUUACGGGACAAAAUCUACUCGUUGUCAAGGGUGCUUUUGAAGAAGUUCUUUCUCGUUAUUCGUCAAUGAGAUCUCAUGGUAAGAGUGACCACUUGAGCCAUGAGCGACAACAGCAUUGGAGAGAGAUGGCUACGCAGAUGAACAUGGAAGGUUAUUGUGUUCUCCUCGUCGCUGGUAGACCACUAAGAAAGUCAUUUGUCGAUGAUGUGGAUAUACUUGUAAACCAAGGAUUGCAGAGUAAUGCUUGA